AUGGAGCCCUCAAAUCCUAACUUUGAGAUACUUUCUGACUAUGAGGAGGAGAUGCUGGAGUCUCAAGCUGUGCGGGAGGUUCUUGAUCAUCUCGCAGUAGGGCUACUCUCGAAACUUGAUGUUCAUGUUCUCUGCAGCUUUGUUCAAUAUGGGGAGGAACCCACAGAACAAGAAGAGUUUCGAAUGAGCCUGGCGAGGAAACUCUGGGAUCAAGUCCUACAACUUUCCACCCUCAGUGGUGUUGGGCGUGCAUCCUUGCCAUGGUUUCAUGAAAAGACCCAGCAAUACCUGAGAUCCGCUGUUGCCGGAAAGAGGAUCAGUGAGGUAUGGGUUCAUAACUUUCUGUUGUGGGUAUGGAACGAUAUGAAACGGGCAAGGGAGAACGGAUCGGAAUAUCCCAAGUGGUAUAACCCAGUCGAUCCUUUCGAUAUUGCUGAGAUUCAAGCUCUGGAAAGAAGACAACAGCAACAACAGCCUCCAUCUGGGGCCAAGGCGAAAGCACCUUCUAAGACUCCUCGACCGCGCUUUCGCAAGGAGCUUCCUCAAGGAGUAGGGUGGUCUGAAUCUGUUAUGCAAGAGUCAAUGCCGGCUGUGCAAAACCCUGCUCGCUCAGAAGCACUUAAAAUAUCCCACUCGAUAGUUUUCCCAGACAUACGGAAAACAGCAGAAAGACUCAUUUCCACCCUGUCAGAGGGAGCAGUCACUAUUCACCCAAUGGUCUCGUACCCAUUGCUCUUUAACAAGCUUGGCGGAACGCAGAAUCUAUUGAAAAUGAUGAUGGAGUCCCUAAAGCCAGCGAUUCAGGCGCUAGAGGGUAGGAAAAUCACACGCAUAGAUCUGGACCAUAUCAUGAGCCGACAGGUUUCGCCCUCGUUAUGGCCAAGAAGGGGCGGCUACCUUGUAUAUGUCACGGAUGCUGAACAACCAAAAUAUUGGAGACCAUACGUGGGUCAAUCCAAUGAUCUUGUCCGACGAAUAAGUGAGCAUUCCAAAGCAUUUACUGAUCAGCAUGAGAAUACUCUAUUAUACUGGAUCAGCUCACGGAGCUUCCGUCGAGAGAUGAACUUUAUCCAGCUAUGGACGUUGCCUGAGUUUGUCAUAAACAGCUCUAAAGGAGUCCGCGAUAUAUUGAAUAACAUGAUGGAAAUGCUGAUGUCAUUAUGUUUUCAAUCUCUGCCGCAAGCUCAACUUUCAAUGUUCUUGGCUGGUCAGGAACAUCUGGCAACCACAGGCCUGAAUGUCACCUCACCCCUUGUUCAAGGGGUUGUGCUCAGUGGAAUUGAAAAGGAGGCAUAUCGGCUUCAACUCUUAGCCUCAGUCGACCCUGAAAUCCGGGCCUUUCCUCAAGCCAGAAAGCAACAAUUAAUGGAGAAAAACUGGCGCUCAUUCUCUGAUCAGCCAGUGGAAAUCAAUUACCAAGAUGCCCUUGCUGAAGCAUGCAGCUCAUUAGGCCUUACUGAGAACCUAGCCUUACCAUUUGAUGGCAGCCUCCCAUGUUCGCGAGAGGAUGUGCUAGACUCGAGUAUCGACACUGCUCUCCAAGAAGCAGCUUACGAGCUUGAAAAAUUAACAGGUAGCACCGUUCCACUUAGCAUGCCAUUUGGCUCUUUUGCAGCACGGCUUGGGAUCAUACUAGACCAUGAUCUCUUACGCAAUGAUGAGUCUGAUAUCCCAACUGCCCUCAAAGAGAUUGGUUUUCACAAUGAGAAUUGCCUUGUAUGGCCAUUCAACCUUCAGAACCAUUACCUGGCAUCCUCUUCUCAGAUCAGACACCUAGGUUCUGAAGCGGACAUCUUGCGUUCGCUGAACCACAAAAUCAUUGAAUUAUCCAACUUGAGAGUGAUAAUUCUCUGUGGCGACAAUGCCGAGGCCUGUAUCUUAUCCCCAGAACUGCAUCCAAUUGACAUCAAACUCGGGAAUUAUCCAUAUAGGUCGUUUGUGCAGAUCAAAGAUUCUCGCAUUAAGAGAAUCUACAUCAAUGCCUCGGUAGCAGUUUCUUCCCUAUACUCAGUCAACUGGAAUGAGAGCUUGAGGUUUGCCCUCGCAAUAAAAUUCGCUACACAGAUGACCUCUACCUACAAAAUCAGACCAUUCCUUUACAGAUCCAGGAGGGCGCUCCUUGACAUUGUCAUCGCGAGCUUCCAUGAAAAUAAUGGAGAAGAAAAGAUGACCCCUGAGACAAUGCCUCCAAGCAUUAAAGCCUGGUUGUUUACAAAAGGCUUUACCUCUGAUGAUGAUUUCAAGAAAUUGGAAGAUCUAGGCGGAACUUUCACUAAAGGUCUUCUGCUUGCAAUGUGCACUUCACCUGCUUGUCCUGAGAAUGAGAAGCCUCCAUCUGAGAGGCCUAUUCUUUCCAAAAAUAAGUUUGAUUCACGACUUUUUACAAAGAAGCAAUUGGAUGAGAUGCGAUCUAUUCAUAAGCAGAAAAGGUCGGAGAUUUAUUCCCGAUAUCCAGGGACGGCAAUCGUCACAGACAGUACGGAUGUUCCGGAGACAUCUUCAGUAAGUGAUGAUUACGAAGAUGAAACUAUUCAACAGAAUCUCCUGGAUAGACUUUCAAAUCAGUGUCUGAGCGAUGAGGGAUCUGUACACAGUGUCAUCAAAGAUGUCCUUUCAGACAAUGCCUAA